GAUGUAUAGCACUUCGCUGGUUUGUGAGCUGGAAUUAACACGUGCCAGCUGUCAAGAUGUCCGGCCUGUUGGAACCCACACUCUACAUCAUCAAGGGUAUUGCCAUCCUGGACAACGAUGGCAACAGACUCCUGGCCAAGUACUACGACCCAUCAGUCUUCCCUGGCGUCAAGGAGGAAAAGAAGUUUGAGAAAGACCUGUUCCAGAAGACUCAUCGAGCCAACGCCGAGGUGAUCAUGCUGGAUCGACUCACCUGUGUGUACCGAUCCAACGUGGACCUCUUCUUCUAUGUCAUGGGGAUGUCACAUGAAAAUGAGCUCAUCUUAGUGUCGGUGCUGAGCUGCCUCUAUGAUGCUGUGUCUGCUAUUCUACGUAAGAAUGUUGAGAAGCGGACGCUGCUCGACAACCUUGACCUUAUCAUGCUGGCCAUGGAUGAGAUCUGUGAUGGAGGCAUCCCCCUAGAGACUGACCCUCAGGUGGUGAGUCAACGAGUCGCUCUCAGGAGUGAGGAGUCGCCCUUCAAUGAUCAGACUGUGACUCAGCAAGUGAAGCAGAAGCUGGAAAACACUACAGGAGCGGUCUUACAGUCAGCCCGAGAGCAGCUUAAGUGGUCGCUGUUGAAGUGAUUGCGACCAUAACUACUCCCAAGCCCCUACACAACACAGGCACCUGCACCCUCUACACACACACACACACACUCUCACAAAGUCUUGGUGCCAUGCAGGAUGGAUGCCUCUGGUACCUACAGAAAAUAAUAUUUAUAGACCUUUAAUCAUUCACAAUUGAUAUUUGUUCACACACAUUUCCUGUAGUUAUGAAGUUUUGUUUCUGAUAGUUUAAUACAUUCCUAGUUUUUUUUUAUACUGGGACAAGAAAUGUUUGUUAGGAAGAUGAAGUUACACUAUUCAUUUGAGUGUCUUCAGACAUUUGCACUCCAAGAAUGUUGUUCCCUGUUGGAGAAGUAUUGGCUUUGUAUGUUUAGCAUUAAUAUAUUUGAAGGAACCACAGGAUCAAAGCAAAAGUAUUUUCAUGGAAACAUGUAAUGGCCUCCAUAAUAUUCCAUUACCCAAGAGGUUUCAGUACUGUAAAUAAGUAAUAUCCUUGCCUGGUUGUCAAUAUUGUUUUCUCCCCUCAUAGCAAGCCACACUAACACCUUUGAGUAAGUGCCAGAAGGAUAUUUGUCUAGAAUUUAUGAAUGAAAGGGAAACACAGUACUGCAGAAGUCAAUGAUGUUAUUACUGAUGAACGUCUAUAUAUUUAUAUCUAUCUAUCUAUCUAUCUAUCUAUAUAUAUAUAUAUAUAUAUAUAUAUAUAUAUAUAUAUAUAUAUAUAUAUAUAGAUAGAUAGAUAGAUAGAUAGAUAGAUAGAUAUAGAUAUAGAUAGAUACAAUGGAAAAGACACUUCUAAAUUAAGCCUGAGAAGAGUAUUAAUAAGUACUAAUAGUUACAUAAAUGCCAGCAUCUGAAGAGCCAUACAUGACUACAGCUGGUACUGGACAUCUUUAGGAAUACUGUUUUGUCAUCUCACCUAUAAAUAAAACAUUUUUGUAUA